AUAUCGAUUCGGACAAGGUUCAGACAACACUAGAUGAAUUUGAUUGCGGUGAAGAGGUAGCUGAUAUUCAAGAAAGUGAGGAAGAAGAAAAUGAUGUGUAUUAUGAGAAUGAAUCAAUCGAAUAUUCAAAUGCUUGGGACUAA